GUUUGUAAAUUUUAAUUUUUUAUAAUUUUUAAAUAUGGAUAUCUGUAAGUUUUUUCGUCAACAACAAAAAGAAAAAGAUAUAGAUGUUGCUCUUGCUAGUAAAAAUCAGCCAUCAGUUGAGUUGGUUUUCGUUGUAUCCUCAGAUGACGAAGAAAGACCAGACAUACCAUUACCACUCCAUGGGAAAACCAAUGAUGAGUUAGCUACAAAAUCAUCUGGAAAAUCAUCAAAUGAUGAAACACCACACCGUUCUCAAAAAGAUGUUUCACUUUACUUAAAUUUUCAUUUUAAAAAUGAUAAUGAAAAAUUGUUAGCUGUUGAAAAUAUUUGGAUACCUGACAAAUGUUAUAAAUUUCCAUUGCCCUUGGGCAAAAGAAAUUUAACCUUUCAAGCAUCCUGGCUUAACAAAUAUAAGUGGCUUGCUUACUCAGCCGAUGAAAAGGGCGCAUUUUGUAAAGUUUGCGUCAUAUUUUCCCCAAGAUAUGCUGGAAAUGGGUUACAAAAACUCAAAACAUUGGUAAGUCAAGUGUAUACAAGAUGGAAAGAUGCGCUCGAAAAUUUUAAUUAUCAUCAAAAAAAUAAAUAUCAUCUUAAUUCCUGUGAGAUAAUGGAUUCUUUAAAAGAAAUCUCAAUGAAUCAAAAGAUAUCAAUAUCUAAUGUAUUGAAUAAAAAAAAUUUUGAUAUUGUUACAAAAAAUCGAUCAAGAAUAAUUAUAAUUAUUGAUGCUAUCAUUUGGUUAGGGAGGCAGGGCUUGGCGUUAAGAGCUCAUAGGAUAUCUCCUGGCCCCCUAACACUUACAUCCCCUUCUCACAAUGAAGGAAAUUUCAAGGAAUUAUUGAAAUUUUUAUGUAAUAAUAAUGACAACUACCUAAAGCUUUUUGAAAAAAAUGCUACUUACCUAAGUCCCACUAUUCAAAAUGAAAUAAUAUAA